UAGAAGACCUGCAGAGGACAAGGUGUGGAGAGUUUGAACUUCUUCAGCAUAUCAGGAACCUCUGAGAUGUCAUCAGUGAAGAGUGCCAGGUAAGAGGACUCAAGAGGCUGAACUCCAGGUAGAAAUGAAGAAAACGCAGGUCAGCCAAAUCACUCACUUUGCUGAGUACACCAGAGAAGUGCCCAGUUCAGAGAGAACUCUGGACACUACACCCAUCAUCCCAAAUCCUCAAGACCAGGACAAACCUCAGGGUCCAGCAGACACCUCGCCUGUCACCUCUACUGGUCAAGGGAUCCAGAGCAUGCCUGCUUCAAGAUUUCUCUGUACAAAACCAUCUCCUCCUGGAGAGAUAAAGAUAGACUCAGUGGAAAUUGAUUAUGUUUCUCUGAGCUGGGACAGUCCUGUUGGUAUAGAUGGGAUCCCACACAGCUUCAAAAUAACUUUCUGCAGCUCUGAUAAGAGUCACCAAGAUGAAGCCAUUGCACCCUCCAAUUCCACUGUCAUCUCUAAGCUGAGACCUGGGAGAGAGUACAGCUUCACAGUCACCACAGUGCUGGAAAAUGGGACCCAGAGCACGCCUGUUUCAACAUCUGUCUGCACAAAAACUCUACAGAAAUAUCUGCAUGAUCUAGGACUGGACCAGAACUUCAAAACCAAACUUACCUUGAGUGAUGUCCUUCAGAUUGGUACAGGAAGUAUAACAGAAGAACCAAUUCUGUCAGCAAAAUCUCUUCCACAUUCCUUUCUGAAAACCCUCAUGAUGGUGAAUGUAAAAGCAAGAAGCAUCAGAUGCAGUGCUGCUGAGUCAGAAACAAACACAGCAUCGUCUGAUUUUAAAAUCAGUGAUAUUAUGGCUGAUAAUGAUAAUGAUGAAGAUAAUGUAAUCAAUCCACUAGAUCUUAUCACAGCUGUCUUGCUGUGCACUGACAGCUUCUUGCAGCAGGAAAUUAUGUCAAAAAUGUCGAUGUGCCAGUUUGCUGUACCUCUCUUGCUACCAAAUUGUGACACUAAUCAGUGUACAUUAAUGCUGUGGGCCAUGCGAGACAUUGUGAAGGAGUGGAGGCCCUCCUCACUACCAGAGACAAAGGGGUUUGUAGAAAACAGUAUAGUCAGCACUGCCAUGCCAUUGAUCUCUUUUGUCAGGCUGGGUGACUGCAGUUUAUCAAAGUCUCAGAUUCUGAACCAGGUUCUCAGUAACCCCCAUCAGUACCAUGAUAUCUUUGUCCAUCGCAAUAUGGAUUGUGGAGAUGUUAGAAGGAGGAUAUCUAAUGGUUUAGCUGAGAUCAGUUGGUACCUUCCCUGUGGAAACAAAAAUAUUGAUGUUUUUCCUGAACCACUAUCCAUUGCUAACAUUCGUGGAGAUGUCAGUUCUUUUCAAACACAGUUUUGUUUUUUAAUGCAAUCUUCAGCAGCAGUUUUCCUAUUUUUUGAUAACAUAGGGGAAACAGAGUACAAGUUACUGGUUUCCCUUAAAACUAUUAAAGACAGAUUGUUUUUGGUUUUUAAUUCUGAGGUUACAUUAAAGCAGGAAACCCUGAAACACAUGGACCAAAUAAAAUCAGAGUUACAGUUACAAAAAAGACAGUUCUUGGUUAAGAACAGAAAGAUCAAUGAUGCAGACUUUGUAAAGAAGCUUCGCUCUACAGUGGAAAGCAUCAUACGAAAUAGGCCACAUAAAAUCAAAAUAGAAGACAUGACUGCUAUAGCAAAGGAAUUUGGAAUUGCUAUAGAUGAAGAGAGCACUGAAUGUCAGACAGGAAAACAAUGUGCAGCAGCGAUCACAGCCAAAAUAGACAAUGUUCUGCUAUUUAAGAAGAAACAGCUACCAUUGCAAGAUGAAGACUGGAAGAAACUGGCCAAAUUAGAGAAGGAGGAGUGCAGACUACGAAAAGCAGGAGAGAAGCGAAUUGAAGACUAUAAGUGUCAACUCCAGAAAGAAAUAAAGGAACUGCGAGAAAAACAAAACAAGCAUGAUUUAACUGAAGCAAUGAAAUGUUUCAUAUGUGCUAUAUCAAAUUCAAACAAACAAGAAAGAUCAUUUUUUCUUAAGUGGUUGAAGCUGAAAUUGGAUGAUAAAGCACGAGAAAAACUUUCUGAUCUCCGAAAUCAAUACAAAAAACUAUGUAAUGCAGAGCACUUAAGAGAAAAUAAAAUAAAAAUUACAGAGUUGGAUCAGCAAAUCUCAAACAGCUCUUUAGGAAUUGAGCAUUUCAUGCGUGAAAUUGGGCAGAUUUAUGAAGCAGCGUGGUCUAAAGGAUCUCAUCAGCAAUUUCAAUAUCUUUCCAGUUUGGGGGCAGAUCUGCUGUUGGAUGGCUUCCCUCUUGAGCUGCUGGAUGGAGAUGCAUCAAAUAUCCCUGUAAGGUGGGUGGCUGAUGUUUUAACAAAACUCCAUGAGAAAGUUCAGCACAAAAGCAGGCUGCUGGUUGUAACAGUGUUGGGAGUUCAAAGCACUGGGAAGUCUACCCUCCUCAACACAAUGUUUGGGGUUCAGUUUGCAGUUAGCAGUGGCAGAUGCACAAGAGGAGCCUUCAUGCUGUUAAUCAGAGUCAAAGAGGAUCUUAAAGAAGAGCUGAACUGUGAUUUUAUCUUGGUAAUCGACACUGAAGGUCUCAAAUCUACAGCUUUGGCACAACUAGAAGACAGCUACGAACAUGACAAUGAGCUUGCAACACUGGUUGUAGGUUUGAGUGACAUCACCAUAAUAAACAUUGCAAUGGAGAACUCCACAGAGAUGAAGGAUAUCCUACAGAUCGUGGUGCACGCCUUUCUUAGAAUGAAGGAAGUGGGAAAGAAACCAAACUGUCAGUUUGUGCACCAGAAUGUGGGGAACGUGUCUGCUCAUGACAACAAUGCAAGGGACAGAAAAAAGCUUUUACAACAACUGAAUGAGAUGACACAGGUAGCUGCCAGGAUGGAAAAGCUAGAUCCCAACAUACAAUUCACAUAUGUUGUGGAGUAUGAUCCUGAACACAGUAACUGGUACAUCCCAGGCCUGUGGCAUGGUAUUCCACCAAUGGCUCCAGUGAACACAGGCUACAGUGAAAGUGUAUAUGAGUUCAAGAAGAGCUUGAUUGAGGUGUUAAAAAGCUGCAAAUACCAAACUCUUCCAGAGUUCUUGGAGUGGAUGAGAAGUUUGUGGAAAGCCGUUAAACAUGAGAACUUCAUCUUCAGCUUCAGAAAUAGUCUAGUGGCUGAGGCUUACAGUAAUCUGUGUGUUGAAUAUGGUAAAUGGGAAUGGGACUUCCAAAAGCACAUGUAUAACUGGCUGGCAACUGCUGAGACAAGAAUUUCAAAUACCAAAAACAAGUCGUCAAACCUUGAUGAGUUUCUCAACAGAUUACAAGAUGAGCUGGAAUCACAAGAAAAUACAACUCUGGAUAAAUUGACUAAAUACUAUGAAAGUAAGGAUGGACAUGUUAACCUUGUAGAAAGCUACAGAGCAACCUUUGAGAUCAGCAUCAAAACUCUUAGGACUGAAAUUGAAAACUCUGUGACAAACAAGUUGACAGCAGCUAUUGAUUUUCAAAAGGGAAUGAAGAAAGUACAUGAUGCCUAUGGGAAGCAUAAAGCAAUAUUAGAGGAAAGAGUAUUGAAAUUGCUUGGAGACUGCAGGAAUAUAAAUGAGGGUUUAUCUGAGGAGCAGCUAAAAAAGGAAUUUGAAAAGAUGUGGGAAGAGACAGUGAAGGGACUGGACUUCAAAGAUUUAGAGAAGCGAGACAUUGUAGGCGAUGUUUAUAAUCAAUUGAGAAAACAAUUAAAAACACAUGCAGUUUCAGUUAACAUGGUGUUAAAUGAGGCCACAGAUUUGACUGAAUAUGGAAAAACACACUUUAAUGUAACUGACGGUCAUUUUGAUCGUGCAUGGUACAAAAAACACCUCUCCGAUAACAUGCACUUGUCAACACACCCCAAAGAGGAAGCAGAGGCGUGGGUGAAAUCUAUAACAGAACAGUGCACAGCGUUUGUAUCACACAAAAAAAGCAGUAAAACUGACUACCAUGAGACCUACACCAGAGAGCUGUUAGAUAUGCUAGAUGUCAAGCUGAAGGAAAUUAAGAAGCUGAAUACCAACACCCAGUUUGAGGUUGAUCUGAAGCUGCACAUCUGUGGGUUUGCUGCCAGGGAAUUCCAACAGAUGCACACACAUUUCAUUGUAGUCAAUGACCCCCGGAAACAUCUGGAAAACUCUAGGCAGCAGUACUGUUCUGACUUCACAGAUCUUUACCAUGAGAAGGAUCAGAGUCUAAAGAAGGCUGAAGAAUUCACUGAGCGCUGCCUCAAGCCUGCAGUGAGGGAAUAUGUCAACAAAGCCCUUGGGAUAGAUAUUCAGGAUGAAAUGCUGACUGGUGCAGACUCUGUGAAAUACAGCACACGGUCAUAUUUCCAGCAUUCAAUUUUGAGAGAGUUCCUGGAGGAAAAUCAUUUUAACAAUUUUUAUUUUUACUGUACAGACUAUGAAGGUUUUGUCAAGGGAUGGAUAUUGAAUCGUAUUAUUGAUCAGUUUUCAAACAGCAAAGCCCUUUCAGAUUUAGAAGUCAAACGUUUUGAAGUAAUAACAAAAAAAAUACAAGGAGCCAUUGAAAAGGAAAAAAAUAAGACUUUAACAAAGAGUGAAACCAUUUUUAUGUUUGUUAAAAACAUCUGCAGUGAUUUAAACAGUGAUAUUGUGAUUUCCACAGACAAUCUUGGAUUGACACUUAUCCAGGACAAAGCAAACACAGACGAGUUCACUGGGUAUCUUCAAGAUUGUGUGAAUGACAUGAAGAAAUCUCUAAGUGCAGAAUUUUCUCAAGGGUGUGAUAUCAAAAAGAAGCUUAACAGCCUACCAUACAAGCCGCAGGACGAGCUGUUCAAGAGGGUGUUUGGUUGUGGAAAGCAGUGUCCAUUCUGCAAGGUCCCCUGUGAGGCAGGAGGCCAGGACCACAAAGAACACCAUGCAUCAGUGCAUCGACCAAAAGGGCUGGGUAUGUACAGAUAUGAAAGAUCUGGAAAACUAGUUGAGACCAUAUGCACCUCUGAUGUAUACAGUGAAAGUACAUUCCAGAAUAGUGACACAGAGUGGAAGUUUCAUCCCUGUAAAGGCUAUCGGAAAUUUUACCCUGACUGGAACAUUGCCCCGGAUCCCAGUAUUGAAGCCUCUGACUACUGGAAGUACGUGCUGAUGAAAUUUAAUGAAAAAUUUGCAGAGGUGUAUGAGGCAAAGCCUGCUGAUGCCCCUGCAGAAUGGAGAAAAAUAACAAAGGAACGAGCACUGAAGAGUAUAAAUGAGGUGUAUAACAUGAAGUAAAUAAGCAGAAGCUCUAAAAAGUUACCUAGUCCUAAAAUCAUUCUUAUGAAACAAUUGCCCUGGAUGUAGUGAUGGAACACAGCAAAAAGCAAAAAUGACUGGCAUGUAAUAGCACCCAAACAAUAAUGCAUGUUCUUGUAAAUGCCUUUAAUGACCAAGAUAUUCAUUUAAAUAAUAUUAAAGGUUAUUGAUAUGCAAUGAUUGUGCUUUUAGACAUGUGUUACCAAUAUACUGCUUAACUUGUUACUGUGCUUUGUAUCUUAGAUUACAAUAUAGUUGCAAAAUAGUAUUGUCUUGUGUUUCUGCUUAAUGAAAUAAUAAUAUUGUACCUUACACAGAUCCGUGCUGUGGAUUUUUCUUUGUAAAAUGAAUUACUAGAUGGGUCUAGAUUCUGUGAUUUUUGGCUUCCGCUCAUACUUGCUAAUAAAGUUGAAUUACACUUUG